AUGCGUAACACGUUGCCCCUCUUGUCUCGUGCACCGGCCCCUUCCUCUUCGUCGUCUGCUGUACACCCUAGACCUUCGACCGACACGCCUCCCCAAGCCGUUCCCACCAUUCGACUGAUCUCUGCGACCCCGUCCGCGACGGGCUCGGCCGCCGACGCCAGCGGCAGCACCUCACUGUCAUCUAUCGCACCCUUCGCGACGUCGUCCCCUCUUGCCCCACGCCCUACGUCCGAGACCCCACGCAAGCGGCUCGUGCCGAAGAAGUCCAAACUAGGGCUGCUUGCGGGAGUUGCUGGCUCCAAGUCCAAAUCCAAGGCCAGCAAGGAUUUCUCUGAUGUAGUGCGCCGCGUGGGUGGUGACCAAGGGCCGGCUUCGAGCGGACGCGGCGGCUUCGAGAUCUACGUCGAUCAUGCCGAGGACGAGGAGCUUGGUGAGAUCCUGGUGGUGAAGAAGAAGAAGAGCCGGAUGGGCCUGGACAGCCUCCGCUGGGGAGGCGCGCUCGGUGAUGCGACGAAUGUCGCUUCCGGUGCGCACAAGGAAGGAAAGACGGGGGAGACAUUGGUACCCGUAAAGGUGGAGGAGAACCAGAAGUGGUGGAGUAUUGGGCGCGGGCGGAAAGACUCCAAGGGCAAGGAGAAGGAGAAAGACAAGGAGAAUGUCGGGUCGAGCAUGCGCGCGAAGCUGGCUCCUCGGUCAAAGACCCCGGAGCCAGUCAAAUCGCUUGACAUUGACUGCCAGUCUCAGUCGCGCGCGCGAUUCAACUCGCUCGACUCGGGCAUCAUGCUCUCCAAAUUCUCGUCCCCCGCGCCGGAGCAGCCCGCGCAAACCGUCUAUGUAAGGCCCCCUCGGGAGAGCACCACGACGUCGGCAUCCCAGGCACCGAAGGGCUGCAACGGCCUGCUCGCCCCCGAGCCGAAUCCCGCUACAGGCUCGAUCGCCGUACGCGCAAUCAAGUCGAUGCGCUCUCUCGCUCGGAUGGCUAGCUGGGCACAGCUGACGAACAAUGGCGAGCAGGAGAACGUGGAGCCCGGCACCAAGGCGGCUGCCCCGAAGAAGACGAAGGAGAAGAGCGAUGCGGGCAAGAAGAAGAAGAAGGAGAAGAAGAAGGACGAGGAGAAGAAGAAAGAGGAGAAGGGGACGAUGAAGCGGAGGGAGAAGGAGGAGACGAAGCAGUCGACUCUGCGCUACUCGAGCAGCAGCUUCGAGGCAGGCGCCCUCAGCACGCAGGCGAGUCCAUUACCGCCGUUGCGCGAAGGUGCGAAGACCCUUGGUCGCAAGAAGCAAUCCACGCUUGGACUGGGCCUGCCAUCUACAAUGCGCCUAACGACUGCCACUGCUACUGAUACCAUGCGCAAGGUCUCGAACACAUCUUCGACGGGUUCUGCAGAGGUUGGACAACCCCAAGCACCCUCGAGGCUUUCGGUAGACUCAGCGCACCUCAUCAUGAACGCACAGGGCCGGCCAACAUCUAUCAUAUCCAGCGGCUCGUCGCUCCGACCGCCGUCUACGGCAAGCGUGAUUAGCGAGCGUAGCAAGAGCUCGUCAUCAAGCAGCGUUGCGAGCGUGCGUUGGGAUGAUGAAGGCAUCCGAAGUUCGCGGGAGCUCCAGCGACUUGAGAGGAAGAGUAGAGACAGCGCACGGCCCCGCGAGAGCAGGCGUACCAGCGACGGAAGGCGGCGUGUGGCCAUCGUGGACAUUUUCCCGGAGACCCAGGGUCAGAUGAGCAGGCCGGUGUCGACAUCUUCAGCGGGUUCCGCCCAGGGUGGUGGACAGGCGAGCGUGUUUGAGAGGCCGGUCGUCAACGUGGAGUCGGCGACAUCUGAUGGCCAUUCGGACGGCGCAGACAGCGUAGCAUCUGAGACGCCAGCUAAGAGGGCGCGCCCGAGACCAGUGUCCGAGCAGAUGCUAGGUAGACCAAGGCCCCAGCCGAUAGUCGAGGAUCCUGAGGGCAUGCUUUCCAUGCUGGAUGCUGCGACAAACGAUCUUGCGUCGCUCAUAAACCGCCUUGACUUAGAGGCUACGCCGGGGAGUACGAACGGAGGUUCACCGCUUCAUUUGUCGCCUGGUCAGCGUCCCUUUCAUGAGAGCCCAAUCAAGCGGCGUCAUGCUAAUGGAGGCAGCCCUCUCAAGUCGGAUCUCAGAGGCAAGACGGAGUCAAUGCAGUCUCUCCGUCCGUACGCACAGAUGCUGGCCGCACCGUCGGCGAACAAGGACUUCCCGAGCUCGGUCCCUCCUACAGCGCAGCAGGCCACAGACAUGAGAAGAUUCUUGGGGCAGCAAAUCGCUCCUUGGUCUGAGCUCGAUUGGCAAGUUUCGCCGAAGAAGCCUGUGGGCACAUUUGUGCCGCGUCCUACCCACAAGCGCACAAAUACGCCGACACCAGCGCUCGAUGCACCCUUCGUCUUCCAACCGCUCAAGCCGGCGAAGAACAGGGUUACGCCUGCGGUGUCUGCCUCUCCGGCUCCGAGUGUCGCCACGCCGAUCGCUACGGCGGAUGGUGUAGCGCCGUCGUCGAGCACGUUCGGCUCGAGGCCGUCCAAGGUCGGCUUGAGGGAACUCGCACAUGGUGAGAGGGAUGCGUCGCCGACGCCCGUCUUCAAGCGCAGCGCCAAGCACAUCAGGAAGGGCUCUUCGCUGGCAACAAUGACUACCAAGGCUAGCGUGCUCAGCCUGCGCAAGCAAGUCUCAAAGGACGUGAUCCGGAUUUCACCUGAAGCGAAGAAAGGUCUUGGUCUUGCUGGGACGCUAGGAGGACGCGUGUCCAAUGAGCCUCCGGUUGACCCUGAAGAACCAGACUCUGACAUCCCGAAUGAGCUGCAGGUAAUAAUUGCUGGCCAGUCUGACGACGACUGCACACGGCGCCUCGACGAGACGUUCUCGCGCUGCAGCACCCCGGCAAGUCCCAUGUCACCCCAAGCGUUCACAUUCCCCAAGGCUCUCCCUGAAGAUCCUGCUGCGGACUCGCCGCCUUCACUCCCACCUGUCCCGGUCUUCCAACUCUUCGAUGAGGAAGCAAACCAUGCAGACAUCGAGAGUAGCCCGACGUCGCCUGCAGAGGACGAUACGAAGAAGUCGUUUGAUUUCACUGGGGAACUGCGGAAGCUCAAUGAGUCUGGUGGCUCUGACCGCCGCAGCUUCGUCGAGCAGCUGGAGAACGCGUUCCGUACUCCUGCUAAGAUCGAGCUUGAGUAUGGUCUAGGUGAGCAACUUGGGCUCGACAACAACUUCUUGGCCGUCCCACCUGUUCCACCCUUGCCCCCGAAUCUGCGCUCGAUGCCGUCCGACGAUGUGGCACCCCGCAGCGUCUCGAACCCUGAGGACGAUUCGGCCAUGUUUAGCUCAUCUGGCGACGCUUUAUACCGAGACUCUUAUGCCUCUGACGACAUUCAAUUCGACAUGGUUGCCGGUGUAGACGACGAAUGUAGGGUCUAUCCUGUCACCAAGCGAUCUGGCUCCAUGCGCUCGAAGGCAUCCGAUGGACAGCUCAAUGUGGACUUCAAGUUCGGAGGCAAGCUAGCAGUCCCUUCGACAGUGGAAGAGAAAUCGGAGCGCCCGUUGACGCUGUCCGACAUCAUCCCACCUUUGACGCACUCAGCUUCGCGAUCGUCUGUCGUUGAAGAAGAUUCGGUGCUCAAAUCCAUCAUGGCGAAGGCCGCUGAAUCCUCGGUCGAAGAGGAUAGCUCCGUGCUGAAGUCUAUUAUGGCACAAGCUGAGGAAAUUGUGGAAGUGCCAAGAAGGCGUGCCCUAUCUGACUCUAGCUCAAAGCGUGUCAUCAUCGACCCUCAGUCUUAUGCGUCCCGUGCCCCCGACUUCACUCAUUCGAGGCGCGAGUCUGAGGCCAGUUUCGCUGGUUUCGAUUCCUUCGACGAGGUCCGGCGUGGUUUCGAGUUUGCGAACCGUCCUGCCUUUUACCCGCCUCCUGGUGCGGGCACCCGUCGCUCUCACUUCCGGGAUGAGUCUUUGUUCAGUAUUGCAUCCGUCUCAUCCUACGGCGACGUCCUCCACGCUGGAGCUCCUGAUCCCUUCGGCUUUGGUCCCAGCCGUCCCGCUUCCGGUGACAUUUCCAUGUCAAUGUCAGUGGACGACACGUUCUCGUUCAUGCACAGAGGACGUCGACAACGCAUUGACAGUGACGCGUCGAGCUUUUACUUCCGUGCGCCGGGCACGACAUUCUCCCAUGGUAGCAGACGCGUCGGCCAUCGUCGAGAUGACUCGCGCAUGUCGAUCGCUUCGAAUGCGCCCCCCGUUAGCAUGUACAACCGUAGCUUUGGCGGGCAUCGACGCAACGACUCGAACAUGAGCACGAGCUCUGUUGCUCAGUCGUACGCUAUGCAUGGUGCUUCCGGAGGACGCGCGGCUUGGGCUCGUCAUCGCCAGGAUCAAUCCAUUGACUCGGUAUACAGCGACUACUCUGCGGCUCGACUUGGACGUCCUGGCCUUGGAGACAAGAUGUUCGACAACGACCAUGGCAUGCCACUCAGUGCUAUCUCGGCUUCGCCGCCGGAGAGUGUUGCAGGUGAUUUGCGCAGCCAACCGUCAUGGGAGUCGUUCGUUCCAGCCGACAGGGGUGUCGCCGCCGAUGAUUCUGUCUACGAGGACUCUGAAGACUACCACACGACGAUGUCUCGCGACUCUGUCUUCGGUAACGCUGGUUCUAAUUCGCAGUACUAUAAUCAGCUGCAAAGGCGGCCAUUCCGUCCUGUGUCCGUGAUUAGCGAUAUGAGCGUGCACGAUCCGAGGAAGGAGGACGACACAAUGAUCACUAUGUUCGAUGGUGGUCGUGUACGUCGUCUAUCCGUCGAUUCCAGGAUCGGUGGCUCUCCCUGUGUCAGAAUCGAGAAGGCGAAGCAGACUACUGGACCUUUACCUCAGGCUGUUCUACAGUUCCAGCAGUCCGAGCCAGAGAACAAGGACUCUCCAAACUCUACGAGCAAGAAUAAGCUAAUCGAGAAACCGUCGAUUGCGUCCACAUCGUCUCACCAGUUCGGUGGGGAACGCAUGAUCAAGGCACGCAAGGGUUUGUUAGAACGCCAGAGCCUCGAGGACAGUGCACUCAUUGCUCAAGGAGAAGAUGUCCUGGCAUCCUUGCGCUCACAAUACAGCUUCCCGCUCUCGCUCGAGCACGUGUACGAGACCAUCGAAGAAGAGUCCUCAUUUGCGCCGUCGCCAUCGCCAGCAAAGCCACUGUCCCCGAUUUCGUCGCAUAUGGCCACACCUGGAGACUCGGUGUUCAUCGUCGACGGUGACAGUCAAUCGAUGUACAGCGACUGGGAUGAAGAACAUGGUAUCACGACGCUGCGAAGGUACUACGCGCUCAAGGAUGAGGCGCAUGAGACCGUCGUCGAGAGCAAGCGGAUUUGGGUGGACACGCCGUUCUCCGUCUUCGCUGUGCAGUCAUUCUGUCCUCCCAACACCGUGGGGCAUGUGUGCACUGCUCGAGCACUCACAGAAGAACUACGGUCCGCUGCCCUCGGAACUUCACCCACGGCGUAUACGCUCAAGGACGUCUUCAAGAGCGUCACCUUAUCCGCUUCCGAGCCAUCGCUCCCGGAGCUGCACGUCAGUCCACAGCAAGCGCCCUCGUUCUCCGUCCUGCGCGAAGUGUCUGCAAACGUCAAGAACCAGUCGCCCGUGCCCGCGUUGGGGACGAUCAAGCCGUUCACGCCGUUCAGCGUCGAGUUCGACAAGUCGAAGGCGGACAUCAGCAAGGACAGCUUCGUCGCGCCCAUGCCUGCUCGGCAGAGGGUCACCUCAAGUGUUCGUCGCAACGCUCUUGGAUGGAAACGCCAGACAGGGAAGUCGUCGUCUAACACUCAGAAGGAGAACAUGAGUCAAGGAAUGCUAAUCACUCCCUCCGAGACACUCAGGAUCAAUCGCCCUCGUCCCCAGCGCGGCCGUCCGACGCCAGCGCCCGCUCGAGCCUCCGCUCAAAUCGCAUAA